UUUUUUUUUUCUUUUUAAUAUUUAGAUGGAGACUAUAAAUCCUGGACAUUCAGAUUCUGGUCACAAUGGAGAUGUACAUGAUUUAGAUACAGAUCAAGAAUCUCCUACACUGGAUACAGUUUCAGGAUUUUCUACUUGUUCCUCUCCACUACCUCCAGAACCUUUUGAACCAAGAUAUACAGUAAAAUUUACUGGAAAUGUCACAAAGGAUGGCGAUAUUGUAAAAUACACAAUAAAAACCCAAAGGGUGAUUGGGGAUGGAACGGAAUACAUAAUUCAGCGUCGUUAUGAAGAUUUUGAGUGGUUGGAGCAUUGCUUGGUUACAUCAAAUAAUAUACAUGGAAUUAUUAUACCACCUCUACCUCCUCGACCACCCAUAACUUCAGAAAUGGCUGAAGCUAAAUCCAAAAAACAACUAGGAAGCAAUACAAAAACAUUAAUUGGUGAUGAAUUUCAUAAAGACUGCAGGCAGUUAGAACAGUACUUAAGAUUAUUAUUAAAUCAUCCUUUAUUUGGUUGUGAAGAUGUGUUGGAAAAAUUUUUAACUGAGAAAGAACCUCCUGCAAGAGCAAAAAUAAAGAAAGGACUUUUUAGCAAGUUAUCAGAUAGUAUAGAAAAUCGAAAGAGUAACCAUAAGGAUUGUGAAGAAUUUUUUCAAAAAGAAAGGGAUUGGGUAAACAAAUACGGUAUUCAAAUAAGUGAAUGUAGUGAGGCGUAUAACAAUGUAGUUUAUGCACAGCAAAGGUUAUGUAGUGUUCUUGGACAUCUUGCAACAGCCCUUACGUUUUCAAUAGGGGGAAAUGAUGAAAUCACCAAAGUAGGAACAAAAUUGUGCAUUAGAUUUUCUGAAGCCUUAGAUGACAUUAGGCAUGGACUUCAAGUUGUUACUUACAAUGAUGAAAGUACUUUGGGAGCCUAUCUUGAUUUGUAUUCAAGAUACAUUGAAGCAGAACGGGAUAUGCUGUUUAGAAGAACUUGUCUUUUGGUCGAAUAUGAGAAUUCCAAUAAACUUUUAGAUAAGUCUAAGCCUAAUAAAAGGGAGAUGGCAGAACAAACAAAAUUAGCUGCUGAAAAAGCAUUUGAAGAAUGCUCUGAUGUAGCAAGACAAGAAAUUAAAAAGUUUCACCGUCAGAGGGUGCUGUCAUUCCAAGAGAGUCUAGAGAAAUUUGCUGAUACACAGUUGAAAUCUGCAAGAGACAUGUGUGCCAUCGUGGCCAAAUCCAUAACUAAACUCAAGCAAUUUGAAAUUGCAGUUUCACCAAAAAACGAAGAGUGACAAAUUCACAUCAACUGUACAAAUAAAAAAAGAGAAUAUCAAAGCAAAGAACAACAUGCAUUGAUUGCAUUUUGGAUAAAAGUCGAUAAAUUUUGAUCAAGUUCCACAUAAUUCGAAAGCAAUCUCCAAAGAUUUAUACUCAUAUUUCUAAACGAUUUUAUAAUUAAAAACAAAAAUAUUUGUAAAUUUAAAAAAAAAAAAUUGACUCAGUGGUUGGGAGGGACGUCCUAGUCAAAUUGGAAGCCCAGGGAAAAAAUAUCACAAGGGAAUUUUUAGCUGCUUCGAUUGUUUUUGUGAUCACAAAAUUUUGAUUAUUUUCAAAUUAUUUAGAAUUUAUUGAAAUAUUUUAUAAAUUUGUUAUGUAUACAAUAUAUAUAUAUAUAUAUAUACAUUGUUUUUGAUUAUGGAAGUACAUGAAAAACAAAAUAUUAAGUUGUAAAGAAUUAUUGUAAAGUCAAGCUUCUAUCGAGCACUAAUAUAGUGGACCAAUAUUGUAAUUAGCAAUAAAAAAAUUUUGAAAAAUC